CCGCGGCCCUUUUCCGGUGGAAGAUGGCGGAGCCGGAGCUGCUGCUGGACUCCAACAUCAGGCUGUGGGUGGUGCUGCCCAUCGUCUUCAUCACCUUCUUCGUAGGUCUGAUCAGGCACUACAUCUCCAUCCUGCUGCAGAGCGACAAGAAGCUCAGCGAGGAGCAAGUCUCCGACAGUCAAGUUCUGAUCCGAAGUAGAAUUUUGAGAGAAAAUGGAAAAUAUAUUCCCAGACAGUCUUUCCUAACAAGGAAGUAUUAUUUUAACAACCCCGAUGAUGGAUUUUUCAAGAAGACCAAGAGAAAAGUUGUUCCUCCCUCGCCCAUGACAGACCCCACCAUGGUAAUGGACAUGAUGAAAGGGAAUGUCACCAAUGUGCUUCCUAUGAUACUCAUUGGUGGCUGGAUCAACUGGACCUUCUCUGGUUUUGUUACCACUAAGGUUCCAUUUCCUCUGACAUUGCGUUUUAAGCCCAUGUUACAGCAAGGAAUUGAACUACUUUCAUUAGAUGCUUCCUGGGUGAGCUCCGCAUCGUGGUACUUCCUGAAUGUGUUUGGGCUCAGAAGCAUGUACUCUCUGCUCCUGGGACAAGAUAAUGCUGCAGACCAGUCUCGCAUUAUGCAGGAGCAGAUGACUGGCGCUGCAAUGGCAAUGCCUCCUGAUACAAAUAAAGCUUUUAAGGCUGAGUGGGAAGCUUUGGAACUCACCGAUCAUCAGUGGGCCUUAGAAGAGGUUGAAGAGGAACUAAUGACCAAAGACCUUAAUUUUGAAGGCAUGUUCAGCAAGGAGAUAGAAACAUCAAUAUUCUGAGGCGUUGUGUGUAAUGGUGGUUCCUUUCACCAGUUAACUUCUGCUAACUUAACUUGUGUUUAAAGUAAAGACUUGAUAUUUCUCCUUCAAUUACUAGUCUUAAACAUUCACUUGGAAGGCAUUAAAAACUUUUUGUAAAGCUUUAGUGCUUCACAAAACCACUAGCUUGUUCUCGACGUUUCACUGUGAAUUUGGAAGGCAUUGAUACUGUUAAUCAAUAUGGUGUCUUGAUAUUGGCUGAGGAUGGAUCUUGUUGCAUUUCCUACAAGUUUAAGUGAUACAGUUCAUCCAUAAAAAUACAUGUCACGUACAACUUCAGAGUAUCUAUUUUUGUUUAGAAAUGUGGCAAAAAUUGAUUCCAUAUCCACAUAGGGAGUAUUUGUUUUUCUGGAUGACCUUUGGUGUAUGUUACAUUGGGUUGUAUAAGUCAGUUUUUACCGUGGUGAACUAAAUUAUUCUAAUCAAGGCCACAUUUUUGCCAACUGUCUAGCUUUUUGGUGUGUGAAUGCUGUGGGAAUGAACUAAGUGUGGCCUCUUUGUUUUUCUGCCAUUUCUUUGUUUGUCUGCAUUACCAUAACCAAAAGCAUAGGUGUAACAUCGUGACCAAUUUGGUGGCUUCGGGUGGGUGUAAAAUCACUUUUGGUCCUGGAGUAACUUGUGUUGAGUUUCUGUUUGGAUUUCCUGAAGCAGGUUUCUGCCAAACUGGAUUUUGUUAGCCCUAUAAAGAAGUGGGUAUGAAAUCACCACUGAAUAAUUGAUAGGUUUUUUUUAUUAUACAGUGACGAAAGGUUAACAUUAUUAAAAAUUUGAUUUUUUUUCUUUAUGUAAAUUCACACAACGAUCUGACAAUAAUAUCUGCCUAUUACUCAUGUUUUCAUAGUUUUAAGUGGGAAUUUUGCUGUUUUGAUUUCCAAAUGCUAAAUCUGACUUAUUGCACCACAAUGCUCAUGAUAUAUUGGUUAUUUGUUUUUGGAAUCUUUGUAAUGGUCCACAUCAGCGCUUUAAACAUUCUGUUCAUUAUGGGCACGGGUUCAAAUUCCUAUACAAUAUUCAGUGUCUACGUUUCUUUCUUCUGUCUUGUGACGCCCAACAACUUACACCAGAAGGGAGGUUUCAUGAGGCAACAGAUAGAGAGAUUAAUGGUAUCUGCUAUUAAUUAGCCACUCGCAUUGUUCUGCAACCAGCUUUUCUUAAUGGCAUACAUUUUCUUUAUUUUCUAAUUUGCUUUGCCUGUUCAGGCAUCAACAGGAGAAACUUUGGCAGUAAAAUAGUUCCAUUUCUUUUUCUAUGUUUUGUAUUUUGCCUGGAAGAUUUUGACAACAGAUGAGAGAAGUCCGUGGGUUUACCUACUUUUUGGUGAAUCACAUGUAUUUAUUUUACAUCUCAAGACGGCAUCUAUUUUUCUCCACAUUUUGCAGUUGACUUGGGUCUCAGGUCUAAGGCUGAGAUGGCCAAUUCAGGACAUAUGGAAUUUGUGAUAUUUACAAAAUUGAUAUUAAAUUUGACUGAGUUUACGUAUGAAUCUGAAAUUCUUUUUGUGUAGUGAACAAUUUUAUCAGUUACAAUAGCUGCAAUAAUCUCUGAUGUGGUUUCAAGCAUGUGAAAACCAAAGCAGCCAUCUAAAAUGGAUGUUUAUCCUGAUUACUUACCAGCCUUUUUUGUUUUGUGUUGCUCGCAGUAUGAUUUUUACAUUGCUACUUCUUAUCAGCUAUCUUACAGAUUUACACCACUCAUCACUUUCUAAAGGAUGGUUGCAAUGCAGCAAAGUGUGUUAAUAAUUUUAAAAAUGUUUGCUCGAUACAUCAAGCCAAAUGUGCCAUUACAUCAGGGGCUAAUCUUUGUUAAGAAGCAAUUCUUCUGCAUCUGCUGCUAUGUGUUAUCAGGCAGUUAUGAAAUUUGGGGAAAUGCUUCAAUAUUAAUCAAAGGUUAACUAGUUACUGCAUUUUAAUUAUAAUUAUCUGGGGAAAUUAUGUGACAAUUAAUAUGUUUUUGUUUCAGCAAAAUGCGUCUACCUGGUACACGUAGUGUUGUGUGUCAGGCAGAUGCUACUGAUCAUUUCUUACCUAUUCACAGUGAGGACUAGCAGGUGGGUUUGUGUGGAAUUUAAUAACAAUUGUGUCUGAGCAGUACAGUGUUUCGACAAAGUCCUGUUACCCCCAUUUUUUUUUCUACAGUGCACUGACCAACAACUGAAACAUGUGGAAGAAUAAUGAUAAUUGCACUUAGAAGUACUUAAUUGUAUUCAGUAAAAGUGUUUAACUGUAUUUCGACGCCCAGAGGAUCGGUGUGUGAGCCCCAUCAUUAUCAUGGCAGAUAAUUAAUUAUCCAUUGCCAUGUUUGGUGUGACAUCUUCGGUAACAUGGAUGGAGUGAUGAGGCAAAAUGCAUCUUGUGUGACAGAGAUGUAUUUCUCUGUCAGCUUUUUUCAGCUCCUCCAUAGUCUCAUUGCUGUUUUGUAAUGGGGGUGGAGAGGGGAAGGUGACUUUGUGGACCCCUAUAGAUUACUGUUCGAAUUGAAACUUCUUUCAAGUUGCAGUGUAUCCGAAUGAAAAGGAUUUUCAGAUAUGUGCAGAAUCUUGCUGUAGUUGAGCAUUAUGCUCCACUAACAUUACGGUUGCACUGCACAACACUGUUCACUUGUUCUUUGAGAAGUUGUUCCAUAAAAUUGGAUCAUAUCAAGCACUGUAGUUUUUUAUGUGACCUCUCGUGUCACAAAAUGUGUUUCCACACCCCAGGUUGAAGCAGUAAUUCAAUAACAUUUCAUUGUGGGAUACAGAAACUGCAUGACUAGGACCAAGGCAUUGGUUAUAUUUGGUCAAACAUGUUAGAAUGGGGGAUGGGCGUCUUUCUUCCCUUCCUCUGCUCUCUGUAGGCCAAUUACCAAUUUUGAAGACUUUCACUCCUCCAAUGUCACUCAAUGUUUGUCAGUGACACUGGCCACUGGGAACUACACAAUCUCCCUGGGAACAAUUUCCAAUUUGCACUUCAUUGCAGAUUUUAGUGCGUAAAUACAGGAGAGCUACUCGUCCAUGGGUAUAACUUGUAUGUUUUUAUAUAACCAUAAAACUUUGAUAUUUAUAAACCAGAUUUUGACUUUGUUUUUCGCUUUUAAAACCUUGCAGUAUAACACAGGGUCUUGACUACCAUUUUCUUUCCAUUCCCAGCAUUGAGUGGUUUAUUAUACAGACUGCCUCCAGCUCACCCUCCGAAAUGGUGAAGUAGACCAGCAGCCCCAAUCAGGAGUAGCCAUAAUGUGGUUAAUUCCAUUCCUUAUUUCAGUGCAGGGCUCCCUGGAGAUUUCAUUAACCCCCAAAUACAUCAUCGCUGGCUUUUCUAUCUGCAGCAGUUAGUUACAGGUAUUUGUAGUUAGUUGAGCUGUGAUAUGUGUGCUGUUUUGCAAUUUCAAUGAAAUGCAUUCAAAAGUACAAGUGUUUAUUAAAAUGUGCAAAGCUGUUUAUUAUUCAUCUCUAGGAGCAAAAGGGAGACUUGUUUAAUACUGUCCAGAAACGUAGCUUUAAUGCUAGGGUCUUGUAAACGGUUGUAAAGACUCUUGCUUUAUAGUGUAAAUGGUGUUUAGUCGGAUGGUGAAUUUCAUUUUGACUUCUAUUGAUGGGUGUUGCUAGCUAGUCUACUAAUAACUCAUCUAUGAAUAAAUGAUAAUACAGAUUUUUCUGAAAUGAACUUUAUUCCAGCUCCUUUUGAAACCGUAUCGUUUAAUAAUGCAACUUGUUGACCUUUAAAAAAAUACAUGCAGUGAAAAGGUCAUUCUGAAACUUUAAGAUCACCCCCGCCAAUUGGAUAAGGGCAACAGAUAGGAUUUUUCUGGUACCUUUGGUGUGUUAAAUGGUUCCUUUGGUGUGUUAAAUGCCACAUAAAUGUACUUGUGGCUUUUGAUAAUCUGAUUUAAUCGAACGUUGACUAAUAUUAUGGGGAGUAAUGGCUGAACAUUAGCUUCUUAUUUUUUACUGAAAUUUUGACCCAGCCCAUGCAGUUAUAGGACUUAGUGAAACGUUGCACCAUUUAUCCAUGGUAGCGUUAUAUUCCACUUAGUUAAAUUAUUUUAAAUUUCUAUGGGGAUUCAUAUGCUAUGAAUCUGGAGUUGGAAUCCAAAUUUGGCUUAUUUUGUUAGAACAGAGGCUAGGUUGCAGCUCGGAAACCACUAUGUAUUUGGUUAUUUGUAAUGGUUGCAACCUUAAAGUCAUCCUAUUGAGCUGGAGAUUGCAUUUGGCCUUUUGUCUAUGCCCCCAAAUACCCAAAGCGGUAGUAACCCAGAGACAAGAGUGACUGUGAGGGCUUAUAAUUCCCACUUGGAAUGUAGCCUACUAUAUCAAUCUUAGAAACUUGCUUCAGAUGGGAUAAUUUGCAUAUCACAAGGGAAGCAGAAAAGCUGGCCUUCAAUUUAUUCCCUUGAAUAAUGAAUGUAAGUGCUGUAGUUGUUUAAAUUGGUGCUGGUGGAGCAAUAGGUCAUCCCUUGUGAGUUUGAAGGAAUGAUGUAAAUUCACCUGAAUGUUUUUUUUAAAUGUGAAAGCAGUGAAACUAAAUACAAAAUGUUCAAGAAACAAAUGUUGAUGAGAAAGUGCAAUUGGUAUAAAGAGGAAUUCAAAUUUGAAACAGGUGGUGCAGAAAUCUGUUCCCUAAUGAAUUUUACAGUGGUUUACCAUGACCUUGUGUUACUAAUGGUCCAAUUCCAACUCAGUUGCUAUUCUAACUGAGGAUAGAGGUAUUAAGGGAUAUGGGGUUAGGGCGGGUAAAUGGAAUUAGGUUAGAAGAUCAGCCAUGAUCUUACUAAACGGCGGGGCAGGGUCGAGGGGCCGAAUGGCUCCUACAUCUUACGGUCUAACAUUUAAGCUGCAAUAUCUGAACAGAAAUAAAAGAUGCAAGCCAUUUUUGAACAUAACCAUAUUUAUAAGUGCAGUUCAAUUGUUGGGCCUACCCAGAGAUAUAAUGGAAUUGAAGAUCAUUUUGAAACUGCAUGGUUAAAUGUGUUUAUGCUGCAACUGAUCGUUGUAAAGAUUCUAGGGAAUCUUUUCAGGCCUGGUCUACAAGUAUGUCUUUUUGUAUCUGCUCUUAAAAGGUGACCUUUUUCCAAAUUUAAUAACCUGGUUCUCUUGGAUAUACUUUCUGUAUACUAUUUUGCAGACAACUUAUUAAGUUUUGUAUGAGAUGUUAUUUUCAAUAGCUGUAUUAAUAAAGUUUUUGCAUAAGAAUA